UGCAGAGGCUCCUGUUAGCCAGCAGAGGGCCCUCCUGCACCGCAGCAUCAGGACCCAGAGGAGGAGGAGGAGGAGGAGGAGGAGGAGCGGCUCCUCUUCAUCCAACUUUAAUGUGAUGCUCUGCCAGUAAGCAGCGUCCAGAUGGAUGCAGUCGGAGGCGGAGCUGAAAGCAGAGCGGCGUAUCGAUUAUCGAUCAGAGCUGCAGGGCAGCAGAUGUUACAUAAGCAGCUGUUGGAGGGAAGCAGCGGCAGCAGGAGGAGGAGAGGAGCAGGAGGAGAGGAGCAGCGCUGCAGAGCAGCAGGAGUUCUCCUCAGAGAUGGCGGGGACGCUUCCGAGCUUUCCCAGCCUGCCUCGGGGGGUGACGGUCCCGGCUCUGCUCGGCUCCCUGCCCCGAGCCGUCAACCCUCCCAGUCUGCCCCGGGGCCUCACCAUGCCCAGUCUGCCCACUCUGCCCAGCUUCCCCAGCAUUCCCAGAGGGAUCACCAUCCCCAGCCUGCCCAGGGGCGUGACGCUGCCCAGGAUGGUCUCCAUGCCCACCGUACCGGAGGCCCCCCGCCGGCUGCUGCAGGACUGCUGCUCCGUGUUUGAUCACCAGACGUCUGGAGGUGUGUGUGGCUGCUGCUGGGCGCUGCGUCCUCGCUACAAACGGCUGGUCGACAACAUUUUCCCAGAGGACCCCGAGGAUGGUCUAGUCAAAGCCAACAUGGAGAAGCUGACCUUCUUCGCUCUGUCAGCUCCAGAGAAGCUGGACAGGAUCGCCGCCUACCUGUCUGAGCGUCUAACCAGAGAGCUGAACCGCCACCGUUAUGGGUACGUCUGCAUCGCUCUGGAGGCCAUGGAGCAGCUGCUGCUGGCCUGCCACUGCCAAAGCAUCAACCUGCUGGUGGAGAGUUUCCUCAGCACCCUGCGGCUGCUGCUGGAGGCCGACAAGCCGCACCUGCACAUCCUGGCCACCAACUCUUUUGUGAAGUUUGCGAACAUCGAGGAGGACACGCCUUCAUACCAUCGCAGCUACGACUUCUUCGUGUCGCGGUUCAGUGAAAUGUGUCACUCUGACCACGAAGACCCCGACAUGAAGAUCAAGAUCCGCGUGUCGGGGAUCCGCGGCCUUCAGGGGGUCGUCAGGAAGACGGUGGACGACGAGCUGCAGGUAAACAUCUGGGAGCCUCAUCACAUGGAGCAGAUGGUCCCUGCUUUACUGGUCAACCUGGAGACCUCCAGCAGCAGCAGCGGUUCUCCUGCAGAGCAGACUGAGGUGUGUUUCAGAGAGCUGCUGGGUCGAGCUGCUUACGGUCACAUCAACAACGCCAUCAAACCUGUGCUCAUGCACCUGGACAGACACAGCCUGUGGGAAGGACGAGGAUUCGCUGUCCGCUGCUUUCAGAUCAUCAUGUUCUCCAUUCAGUCCCAGCACUCCCAUCUGGUCAUCCAGCAGCUGCUGGGUCACCUGGAUGCCAACAGCAGGAGUCCAGCUUCAGUGAGAGCCGGGAUCGUGGAGGUCCUGUCUGAGGCUGCGGCCAUAGAGGUCACGGGAUCAGUAGGUCCCACCGUGUUGGAGGUGUUCAACACUUUACUGCGACAACUCAGGCAGAGCGUCGACUACCAGCUGACGGGUUACUAUGACAACGCCGGCAAACACAAAACCACGUCGGUUCACGAGAAAACCCUGCAGGACGCCGUCAUCAGAACCAUCGGAUCCUUUGCCAACACACUUCCUGUCUACCAGAGGUCAGAGGUCAUGCUGUUCAUCAUGGGUAGAAUUCCUGUUCCUGGCAUCUAUCCCGCCCUGGGCUCGCCGAACGCAGGGUUUGAAGGCAGCAGGAUGAUCCAGGUGAUGCUGCUGAAGUCUCUGCUGCAGGUUUCAGAACGUUACGAGAGCAGCAACCUGCUGACAGCGCUGCCCUCCUCCUUCCUGGAGCCUCUGCUGUCCUUCACCCUGAUGGAGGAUCCAGAGAUCCGCCUCCUGGUUCUGUCCAUCCUCACGUCCCUCAUCGAUCGUCACCAGAACGCUGCCAGGAUCCCCACAGUCAGUGUAACGUUUGAUGCAUCAGUGUUGAAGCAGAAGGAGGACAGAUGCUCCAGACAGGACAACCUGUUCAUUAGGAAGCACGCUCAGCGUCUCUACAGACACAUCUAUCUGGCCUGUAAGGAGGAGAACAAUGGAUCCAACCACUACAAGGCGCUCUUCAGCCUAAUGGCUGUUCUCAGCGUGGAGCUGCUCAACGAGGAGGUGCUGGUGGACCUGAUCCGACUGACGCUGGCCUUGCAGGAACUUGGAGCGUCCAAUCAGGAGAAUCUCUCCUUUUACAACCGCUGCAGUCUUCAUGCCGUCUGCGCCGCCUUCUUCCAUCUUCUGUCGCAGCUGGGCCCACCUCCUCCCCUUCAUCAGCACGUCACUCAGGUCAUAGAAAGUCGUUGGAAGGAGGCGCCACACCUGCUGCCUGAAAGCCUCUGGUGUGACCAACCCAGGCUUCCAAAGGGUGAUCUGAAGGUGGACAAGGCUUCUCUGUUCGUCCAGUCAAAGAUCUGCGAGGCGCUAACAGGAAGCAGCUAUAGUGCGCAGUGUGAACGCAUCAACACACCUUAUACGCCUCAACUGAUGGAUGAAGACCGUCUGUCCAGGAAGAUCAGCAUUGCAGACACCAUCUCUCUCCAGAUAGCCAUCGACCAUGAGUCCAGUUCUGAAGCUCAGAAACCUCAGACGGAGCAGAUCACCUUUGAGACUCUGAAGAACACCAUCGAUGAUCAGGGACUGGUGGAGGAGGAGGAUAGGAGGAGGAGGAUGCAGGUGGUGGAGAGGUUUCAGACGGCUCCUUUUGAAGAAAUAGCAGCUCUAUGUGGAUCCAGGACCUCACUGCUUCAGUCCAAACUAGAUCAGGUUUUUGACCUGAUUGUUCGUCCUCCUCCGUCUCCAUCCGGGCAAACGUCCCGUCGAUCAACGCCCAUCUAUGAGAUGAAGUUUCCUGACCUCUGUGUUUAUUAGGACGACCUGGAGAACGACGGAGGGAGAGAGAGGACUCCAGUGAUGCUCUAUGUUUAGAUUUAGUUUAAGGUUGAUCUCAGUUUUUCAUUUUAUGUUUGAUGCAAAGGAAAACAUCAGCGUUCCAUUUAUUUAUAAUCUGAGUUGUUCUGAUUUUCCUUCUUAGUAAAAUGACACCAAUUUGAUCUC